AUGAUGAGCACGCGCGUCGCCGCGUCCAAGGAGUGGAGGAGGAGCCGCAGUCGAAGGCGAUCCGAGAGCAGCAACAACCUGUUCGAGGUGGUCAUCCAAGUCUGUGAGCAGCGAAUGCGCCGGCUCAAGCGACCGGAGGAGCAGUCGCCACGGACGUUGGUGGCUGAAGCUAUAGUGCAGGAGUUGCUGGUGAGUCUGAUGGAGCUGAGGAUGAAGGAGAAGGAGAUGCUCGUGAUGGACGAGGUGGAGAAUGUCGAGAUCAUGCGCCAACUGCACGUGCAUCUGCAGAAGGACGAGGAGAUGGUUCGCAACAAGGUGUGCGUCGGAGCAGGCGACGAGCAGCAGUUGGAAGAACUGCAGUUGAUGCUGAGGACAGAUUUCUUGGAGGAGGUGGCUGGCGCGGCGAGUCCUCAGAAGCAGCAGCAAGCUGACUCGGCGGCGAGCAAUGAGGCCUCUCUGCAGUUCGCCUGGGAGACGAUAGACGACCAGAAGAAGGAGAUUAUCCGACUGCGAGCCGAGAACGAGGAGCUAAAGCGUCUGGACAGCAGCUCGGACGCGGCGUCGGCUCUUCGAGCGUCGUUCUUUGACGAUGAGCCCACCAAGGUGAUCAAUCUGCUGCGAUCGCAGCUAUCCUCCCACCACGACAAGAACUUGGAUAUCCUUCACGACCACAUCCAACGACUGGAGAAGGUUCUGCAAGCUGCAACAGCUUCUUCGAGGAGGUCGCGACGGGCUUGGGAUGGCUCCAAGUCGACCUUCGACUCCAGUCGGAGCAGUGAGAGAGAAGACUGGGCACCAUCAUCGCUUCUUUCUCGCAGUACUAUCGGGACGGACUUUUCACGGACGCAGAUUCCGAGGAAGAAGUGCGACGAGUGCCGCAAGAACUCGGCGUCUCUUCUAGCGCUGCGGUCGGAGGUGAAGCAGCUUCGAGCACAUGCGUCAGCGGACGGAGAAUCCCUACUACAAGCUGAAAAGGACCGCGGACUCCUCCAACGAGAGAACUCAGCUCUGUCCACGGCGCUAUUGUCAGCCAAGCAGAAGCAGGAGGAGCUGCGCCAGACGAUUCUAGACCUGACGGAGGAGAAGCAUCAACUGCAGAAUUUGGGCGACUCGGAGCAGCGCACGUCGGAACGCAGUAUUCGAGUUCUGAAGGAGCAGCUUGACGCCUUGGAGGAGCAAAAGGCGCAUCAAAAGCAAAAGUUCGACGACCUCGUCGGUAAAUACGACGCUGAAGUCGUCGAGAAACGUGCGCUGUCAAAGCAGCUCGCUGAGUUGCAGGAUACGCACGGUAAGCUCUCCCAGUCUACCACUGAGCUGCAAGAGCUGAUCAAUAGGCUGGAUGAUGAUGCACGGAGAUGCGAGAAAGUAGUGGAGGAAAGGGAGUUGACGCUGAGAGACCUGCAAGCUCAGCUGAACUCGAUGGAGAGCAAUGAACAAUCACAAGCUGCCGCGUUACAGGAGAAGGAAAAGCUCGUUGCUGAGCUCCGAGCCCAACUCUCAAGCCUGAAAGUUAGUAUGGACAGCCUCAAAGUGGAGAAAAAGAGAGCUGCAGGCGAGAACGAGCGUCUGCUGCAGACGCUGGAUGAGUGCAAACGCAAGAACCAACGCCUCGAGAAGGGCCUUGAGGAGCUGAAGCAGGGGAAGGAGCUCCUUGCAAGUUUGCAGCAAGUGGAGAGAGGAGCGUCCGCUCUGCAGCUGAAUGAGCUGAAGCAGACACGAGAGCAACUUGAGUCGUUGAAGCUUGAGCUCAAGUCGACACAAAGCGAAUGCACUCGAGUGGAGGAAGAGCUGUCAGAGGCAUCUAAAGCCAGUGAUUGCGUUCGCAAUCAACACAAAGCGGACAUGGGUCGGAUGCAAGACGAAUUGGAUGCUAUGAAGCAAAAGUGCUUGGCUCUUGAAAAGCAGGUUAAGGCCUUGCAAGUGGAUCAGAGUGCACUCGAGACAGCGAAGCGAGAAAACUGCGAGCGGAUUAACGACCUUUCUCAGGAGCUGGCAGAGUCAAAGACAGCAAUGCUCAUGUGGAUGAACAAAUACAACGCAGUCUGCGAAGACAAACAGAAGCUGGAGAAUGAUGUGCAAGCGAUGGCGGAAGAGCAGUACAGUCUACAGCGAAUGAUUGAGGAACUUCAAGCCGAGCGUGAAGCAGCUACUCUGGCACAACAAUCUAAGGCCGAAUGCGAAAUGGAGCUCAGAAAGGAAAUAGGUUCUCUAACCGAGCAGCACCGAGCGAUGGAGCGCGAGCGCCGUGUCUUGGAUCAAGAGAAGAAAGCGCUUGCCCAACUGGUACAGACGCUGCAAGCGCGACCGGAGCUGCAGCAGCGAGCGUUCCGUGAAAUGCUACUGACGUGCCAGCGAGGAACAGAGCGCACAUUCUGCCAGCUUUCUGAAAGAGUGACAGCUACGUUCCAGAAGUUAAACGUAGUCGAGGAUCGAUACCGGACUCUAAAGUCGCACAUGGCAAGGCACAAGCCGAUUGACAACGUGAAACAAGACGAAGACUCGUCAUCGGAUGAAAGUGAAUGUCCAGUCGCCCCCAAGCCACCUUCGGCCCAAAUUGUCGUCCAGGAAGAUGACUUCUUAAGCAGUAGCAGUUCUCACUUCGGUCUCUCGACAUCGCAGCCAGCGUGGCUCGAAGCCAUCGCACCUUUGGACGCGGAUAGCUGCUGCAAGACGGCGAUCGCGGCACUGGGAAAACAAUUAAACCACUGGAAGUGGAAAUACUUCAUCGGGUGCUUGGUUGCACACUCCAGCAAAAACGAGAAUGGUGCUCUCAUUUCCCAGUUGAACGAGUUGGCAACAGUCAACGACCAACUGAAGAAAGCUGUCCAGACUUCCAUGUGGCACAGACUGAAGGCGAAGGUGGAGAACCGUCAGCUGCUCAAGCUGAACCGUCUUGGAGUUGUGUUAGCUCAACGGCUAUCGAGGGGUCUCCAGCAGAGCAAGCAGACUCAGUGCUUUGCUAGCUGGAAGUAUCAAGCUCAAGUACAGAGCUACGAGGCCAAGCUACGAGCUAGCACGAAUGAUCCUCUCCGGCCGUCGUUCUCGCCCACAACGACAAUGGCUUUGGCUAAUUGCAUCCAACUCGUUCGCAGAUUCUGUGAGCCGGCCCGGAAAACUGACAAGGAGCGUACGAAGCCCCCUCGCGCGUACGGAGCAGAUGAACUGGCGGGUUACUUAGUCGAGAUCAACACCAAAGUUGCGAGCUGGAAAGUUGCUGUGGAUCGCAAAAUCGCGGAGUACGCCGAGCGAAAUAACCAGCUCAAGUCUGUGCAGAGGAGGUGUGCCGAGUUGAAAGACCUCGUGGGGCUGAACCAGCGCCUGAUCGAAGAAAUGGAGCGCCGGUCUGCAGGCCAACAGAAUGUCGUGGAAGCAGCAUGGGACUUCGCAACGGCGUACAAGGCCCUGUCACCGUCUGCGAGGGCCCAAGUAUUCCAGUCGCGAGACUUCCUCUCAGCCUCCAGGGGUAUUGUGGAGGGCCUCAACUCACUGGGUCUACCUCGCUCAGUGAAUAAACUGAGCCAGACGGUUGGAAUUACUCGUCACGCUUCGGGUGGCAAGACGGAGUCGUCCAAGAAAGUGAACUUCUUGUCGACAAGUGCAGCUCCGGGUAUGACCAGCACAAGCAGCUCAUCGCUCUCAAUGACAGCCUCGGAAAAGUCUCGAAAGAGACUGAACGACUCCAACAUCGAGUUGCUGGAAGACGCUGUGGGGUCAUUGAAAGGCGCAAUGCAGAAGCAGCGCAACCUUCAGCUCCAGUUAAAGGAGAAGGAGCGAUCGCUCAGCGCCACCACGAAAGAGCUGAGCAAGAGAAACAUGCAGUUCCUGCUACUCAGGUCGUUUCUGCAGUGGAAGUGUGCGAGUGUGAAUCGCGCUCGUCGCAAAGCUAGGCAACAGCAAGCACCUGCACGUGGGCACGCCUGA